AUGGCAGACAUUCCAGAGACACAAACUGUCCUCAUUCUUUAUGCGGCAAAGCAGCCGUAUGAGACGGCAGAAAAAUAUGCGGUUCCUAGUCUCCAAGAUGAGCGGGAAGUGCUGGUCCGGACAGAGCACAUCGGUCUCAACCCGAUCGACUGGAAGGCACCAGACUUCAACUUCGCGAUUCCCUCUCUCCCCUACAUCUCCGGUCGCGAGCUCGUCGGCCGCGUAGUCAAGCGCCCAGGCGCAUUCGCAAGUCGCCUCCAAAACGGCGAUCAAGUCCUCGUCAUCUCAACAGAUUACCGCGACCUCCGCAAGGCAGCGUACCAACAAUACGUCGUGACAUCAGAUUUCAACGCCGUCCGCAUACCUCCCAAUGUUUCCUCUCAAGCCGGGGCGACGCUCGGCGUCGCGUUUGUGGCCGCGGUUCUGUCUCUCGGCAUCUGCAUGGGCGUCGACUUCUCCAAUGUUCUAGGGGGCCCUGACUUGUUGCAGCUUGUUCGCUCCAUCCCUCCCGAAUCGCUCCCGCAGGACAUCAGGGCAGAGUGCCUCUCCGGAAUCCGCGAUCAUGAGAGAGCUGUCGCUGGUGAUUGGGUCGUUAUCUGGGGCGGCUCGUCUACUUCUGCCAACUUGGCCGUUCAGCUUGCUAGACUUGCGGGAUUGAAAGUGGUUACUGUUGUCGAUAAGCUCCGUCAUGGACUCCGGCUUUCGAAUCACACUGUCCUCCGCCCGGAUUUGCUGGUGGACUCUCACGACCCUGCCCGCGCAAUCGAUGUCAUCCGUGCCAACGUGGGGAAGAACUUGCGCUUCGCUUUGGACACCUCCGGCCGCGACUCCGCAACCUGGCUCCUCCGAUCCCUCUCCCCGGAAAAGGAUGCCGAGAGGCCGCCCAGCCCGCCUGACACGCCGCGCAACGCGAGCUCAUCUCUCAAGCACCUUAUCGGCCUCACAGGUCUUCCCAAGGAACAAGCGCCUGAGUCUGUUUCGUAUCACACUGUCCCAGUCAAGGUCUUCCACGAGGUCCCUGCCAUUGGCGAGGCCCUUGUCUUGUGGCUGGAGAGGCUGCUUGAGAGCGGUCUUGUUAGCCCUCCGGAGGUUUUGGGUGUCGAGCAGGGCUUCGAAGGCAUCAACCGCGGCCUCGAUAGGAUGAGACGCGGCGAAAUUCGUGGCGGCAGAAUGGUUGUUAGCCUUGAGCCGGAAGCGCCAACAGGAUUCGUGAGGGAUGCAAGCGCGGCACCCGCAUUGAUUGACUCUCCCACCCACGGAACGGGGCCGUCCUCGUUGUCUUCCAGCCCCGAGUUCACCGCUGCCGAGCCCAAUUCUAGGAGCAGAAGGGCCUCUCUCUGGCAAGGGGCCUCUUCAGUGGAUGCCGUUCCAAGACAUAUUCCGGAGGGUGGUAUUUCAGCAGAAAGCGCAACGAACAUUGCACAGCCGUCAGAGACUGCGGGCCUGUUAUGGCAGCCCAAGCAAGCCAGUGUUAUUUUGGCAGAUUCGCUAUCAUAG